UAACUCGCGUGACCUUAUUCUGAGCUGCUGAAGAUAUAUUUAUACAGUGAUCAACACUAAAGUGAUUGCUCAGCAAAUAACAUACUAAAUGGCAAUAUUUGUCAAACGGAUUUGCAAGAUUAGUUGUAAUUAGUGGAAAAUUUGAGUGUUUGUUGUUGAAGAAAGAAGAGGAAAAGUCAGUGGAAGAUGGAUCCAAGUAGACGAGGAUUGACGAUCUCAGUGAUCCUGCUGGGCACAGCUCUUUGUGCAGUAAUGCUGGCGUACUUCGUCUUCGGCGAUAGCAAUGAUGCGGAAGGACUGCGGACACUGCGAAUGAUUGCCAUUCUGUUCAGACAUGGUGACAGAUCUCCGACGGAAUUGUAUCCAAAUGAUCCACAUCAGAAUUAUCCAUGGCCAGGAGGUUUAGGUGCUCUAUCGGAGAAAGGAUCUCUGCAAAUGUACAACUUGGGGAAGAAUCUCCAUAUGAGGUACUAUCGUUUGCUGCCUCCGAAUGGUCUGUACUCCAAGGAUGAUCUCUUCAUUGGCAGCAGUGCUGCUGAGAGAUGUAUCAUGAGUGCCCAGAGCUUCAUGGCAGGUUUCAUGCCACCACUUGAGAGUCGCAAUCCGUUGCCAAUUUCAUGGCAACCAGUUGCAAUUCAUGCUCCACCACGAGACCGUGAUUACUUAUAUGCCCAGAAGAAGCCGUGCCCGAAGUAUGAGGAGGUGUUGCGAAAGCUGUACAUUAAUCCACCCGCUGACAUCCAGGAGAUUAAUGAGAAGAAUGCAGAGUUAUAUAAGAGACUGACAAAGGAGACGGGUCAGAAUGUGUCAACUAUAUUGGACGUGGAGUUUCUGUACAACACGCUGGAGAUUGAGAAGAAUGCUGGUCUCACACUUCCCGACUGGGCGGAGGGUGUAUUCCCAGAGAAGAUGCUCCCAAUGGCUGAGCGGAGUCUGGCAUUAUUCACGGAGACGCCGUUCAUGAAGAAAAUCAAGGGUGGCACGAUUGUGACGGAAAUUCUCGAUAACAUGGUGAGAAAACUGAAUGGUCUCCAGCACAGAUCUAUUUUCGUGUAUUCAGCCCACGAUGUCACACUGGUUAAUUUCAUGAGGGCCAUCGGUGUUAUCGGCGAGACCGCAAAGAAGCCAGAGUAUGCUGCAACAAUUGUGGUUGAGCUCCAUCACAGUGUCAUAUAUGAGGAUGAUUUUGAAGUGAAGAUUGUCUACUACUUCAACAGCGAAGAUAAGUUCCCCAAGGAGUUGUCAAUUCCCAACUGCGAGUCUCCGUGCUCCUUGACGGCAUUCAGCAAGUCUGUGGAGUCGCUGAUUGUUCGGAACUACGAUGAAAUUUGCCAGCUUCUUUGAUGCUCUACAGAAGCAAUAAUUUGGAGAGAAUGGAAUGAACUGGGCAGAUGUCAACAUGGAGAGAUGCUACAGCACAUGAGGCAGAAAUUCUGGCAAUUGGGAUUCGGCUAACUCAUGAGGAUUAGCUUGUGUAUCACCUCGCUCCACUAUAACUUAAAUAAGUACCUUGAUAUCGAAAUUGACUGACUAUGCAUCUGAUAUUUGCUGCAAAAAUAGAUUGCUAAUUGAAAUGCGAAUCAUUAUAUUCUUCCAACGAAGCUAUUGAGCCAUAGUGGAUUUUCCUCACUGCAGAAUAAACAUAAUCUACUCUCUAAA